GUUCUUGAAAAAAGUGCCUGCACUUUAGGACUUUGGAGCUGAAGAAGGACAUGAGGAGUAAAAGGACCUGGGAUCUCACUGGUCAGAAUGAAACAGAUGUUGAAAGAUUUUUCAAAUCUAUUGUUAGUAGUGCUCUGUGACUAUGUUCUUGGUGAAGUGGAGGACCUCCUGUUGAAGCACCCAGGUCAUGUAGCCUUCAGCAACGACACAGUUUCUGUGGAAUACCACUACUACAGUGGUAAUGAGACAGCAGAGAACCUGUCCAUCCUACUGCUGGAUGCCAACACCAACAAGAUCAUUGCAAGAAAACAGCUUCCAGCAAAUCAGUCCCAGGGGAUGGUAGAGUUUGAGUGUUUCUAUUUCACAAGUGCUGGAGACUUUUUGUUCAGAAUGAUCUCUCCUAGUGAUAACAGCAGUGCUGCUGCAAGCAGAAGAAGAACAUCCACCCUCCAUGUGGAAUGGCCUGUAUUUCACAUUGAUUUGAACAAGACUUCAGAGGUGCUUGGGAGCUCCUUUCAGGUUGGAGUUUUUACAAAUGAGCAGUUGUGUGCCAUGAACAAGACACUGGUUUCACUAGAUGUGAUAUUCACCAGCACACUUUAUGAACUAGGAAGAGUAAGCUCUGAUGAGAUGCUGGGCAUUAGAACUAGCAAAGGAAUCCCACUCUCUAGAUCCCAGUGGGUAGAGUUUGACUGCCCACAUGUUGGUCAAGAAAUGUACAUCACUGUGUUACUGAAAUCAUUAGAAACACAUUCUGUUAUUGCCUCUAUGGGACCCAUAGAUCUUCACAAAUUUGGAUACAGACUGGUUGUGGCACCAGAAGCAGUGUGCAGAACUUUGGUUCAGGUCUUCAUAGUCUCACCACCAUGCACUUCUAUCAGUGGAAAAGUUGUUGUCUAUAAAGAGGCUCUCAAGCAUCCUAGUUUGAGAACAGCUUGGCUGUAUGAGAACACCCUUCACCCAGGAGACAACAGGACGGAAUUUAACUGCACUUUGUUCGAUGUGGGGAAGAACAAAUACUGCUUUGACCUCUAUAAUUUCUCAAACCGAAGCCUUUUCCCAACAAGAGUUAAGCAGUGUAUGAUGAUCGAAAGGAAUAUGGAAACAUGGAGCCCGUGGCAGCCCUGGAGCCCCUGCAGCGUCACCUGUGGAGACGGCAUCCGGGAGCGCUUCCGAGAGUGCCUCACCUCCUCACCUGUGAAACCAGGCUGUGCUGGCUCCCCAAAGGAGACCUCCUUGUGCUCGCUAGAGGAGUGUCUGACUGUCAAGCCUCCCACCCCACCUUCUGUCCAGCCAGGAGAGGACCAGAAAGCAAACAACAUAGUCACCAUCACAGGUAUCUCCUUGUGCCUGUUCAUCAUCUUUGCCACUGUUCUCAUCACCCUGUGGAGAAAACUCUGCAGAGCUCAGAAGUGCAGCACGGCCAUGCGUCGGAACUCCGUCCAUUCCCCUGGCUUCCGAAAAAACUCUGAUGAGGAGAACAUUUGCCAGGGCAACAAGCAGCGAGACAGCUUCACUGAAGGAGGGGAUGCCCCUGUUAACAUUCCUCUGACCUACAGGCGAAGCCUUCAGUUUGCCCAAGAAGACGAUGCCUCUGGAAGUGAGAACUUUCAGCCAAACGCCCAAAAAAUAAUCCCUCCGAUAUUCAGCUACCGCCUCGCACAGCAGCAGCUGAAAGAGAUGAAGAAGAAGGGCCUGACUGAGACCACCAAGGUGUACCACGUCUCUCAGAAUCCCCUCACGGACACGGUUGUCGGUGCCACCACGAUGCUUCCCCUGAGUGCAGAAUCCCAAGAGGAGGGAGUGGCCAAUAAAUUUAGGAUCAAAUCUCCAUUUCUGGAGCAGCCAGCCGGUCAGCCCAAAUUCCUAGGAGAAGGCUGUAACCCGAGGCUGGAUUUUCCAUUCUCCCAGGCCAGUGCUGCAUUGAGCCCCACCCAGACCUUGACAAGAAGAGCUCAUUUCAAACACCCGGAUAACAGAGGGGAGUUGUCUGAGAGGGGCUGUCACAGAAACCCUCAGUUUAGAAGAACAGCCAGCUUUCACGAAACAAAGAAGGCCAGGCCUUUCAGAGAGAGAAGCAUGUCCACCCUCACCCCCCGGCAGACUCCUCUGUAUUCCUCCAGGACCAGGAUGUGGGACCAUGGCUUGGAAGACAGGACGCGGCCAAAACUGAGAAACACAAACCCAACCUCUGAAAAGCUGGAUCAACCCCACGGCGCUGCGCCGAUGUGUGAAGCGCAGGGCCAAGGCACGAGAGGCCACCACAGGGCGUGUCCGCCUGUGAAGAAGCUGGACCUGAUCGCUGAUCGCCAGCAUGCCGGUCAGGACAGGGCCCCUGAAAAGCCUGAGCCCAGCAGGAGUAAGCGGGGCCCUUCACCUAACCCCAAAGGUGCGUGGCGGAAGGAAACGAGCUCUGCUGGCAAAGAGAGUUACCAGAGAGGCCUCGCUGUAAGCCCUGCCCAGUACCGAAAGGACAAGUGCCAGAGCUUCCCAGUGGACCCUGAAUUUGCCUUCUACGAUAAUACUACCUUUGGCUUAACAGAGGCAGAGCAGCAAAUGAUCGAUCUCCCUGGGUAUUUCGGCUCGAACGAAGAGGACGAAAGAAGUACUUUAAGUAUUGAGAAGCUUGUGAUCUGAGGGACUCAGUGCAACCUCACAGGAGGGGCAUGUGCGGGAGUGGGUCUGCAACACCUGCUGGAUUCUGCUGAGAGGAGCAGUGGGAAUUAUGUUCUUCUGCUUGGAGAAGGAGGGAAAUCUGAAAGUCUGACUUGCAGGAACGCAUUCCUAUAUAAUUACUAGAAAGUACUUUCAUAUAAUUAUUUUUUGUAUGUGUGUGUUUAAAAAUAUGCACAUGAUACCCUGGGAAUGUUCGUAUUAGUGAAGGCGUGAGACAGGAGUAAUCCACUGGGUUUUGUUGCAUAAAACAGUCACCUUUCAUGCUUCAGACAUAACGAAUCCCAUUGAUCUAGAGAUUUUCGUCUCGGGAAAACCUUCUACUAGUAGAUGAUGAUGUCCUAAGAGAUCCGUUUUCCAAACAUCUGUCCUAAUUAGUGAAUCAUUUCCCAUUUAGGAAACACAAACUCCAAGCUGUGAGCAAUUUCCAUCAUUUUUUGUGGUCGUUAUUGAGCUGUGUUGAUUGGCUGUAAUUGCUGAAACAUGUCAUGUGUUGAUGCUUCUCUUUGCUGGUUGGGUAAAAGUGCAAGCAGUGCAUAUUGCACAUUUGAAGAGAAAAUGGAGGGGGUAUUUUUCAUCAUUCAGUGCUUUGAUAUUCUCUUUCUACCAAUAUUUGUAGCAAGAAAAUACAGUGAUGUGCAGAUAUUUGCAGGAGAUGGUAGAAAGGAACAUGCUGGUUGGAGGAGCAAAGAAAAUUAUUAAAUUGUAGCCCUGAGAAAUCUUAGUGGAGUGUUUGAAUAGCCAUAGUGGGCAGUGGGAGCAGUCUGAUUGCCCGCCCAUUCAGUGAUCAUCAUUGCCUUUAUUGAGCAGUUUAUUUUCUGUGUCACUUAAUUGACAAUAAUACUACUACAGCAAGUUCAAAAUAAAUUAUGGACAAACCCAGUGAAGAACAUAUUUAUUUGGUGAAUACCUGGUUGGCAAAUCAAAAGGAAAAAGGCUUGACAACAUCUGUCGAUUCCCAGAAAACCUGGAGGUGAAAUGCAAAAGUUACAUUGGUGUUUUCUUUUUCAUGCUUUAAAAUCAGGAAUUAUAAAUUGUGAUUACACAGUGCUGCAGGAAUUCAGAGCUGGGUCGAAACCCUGACUGACAGCAGAGACAGAGCUCGGGCCAGCGAGAAUGACUCAGGGUGUUUGCUUGGCGUUCGUUGGAGCAGCCACCUCUUCAGAGUCUGCAGGGACAAGGGGAGUGCUGCUGGGCGCAACCAAGGAAAGAAAAGAUGCUGGCAGCAGGGGAUGGGAUGAGAGAAGGUGGGUUCAGGCAGAGAACUGUCAGUCUUCAAACACCCCCAUAAGCAGCCUGAUCUGUAUGGCAGGGCUCGCUGUGCUGGAAGGAGGCAGGAUGUCAGCAUUUGGCCGCCAGAGUUGGGCUUCACAGCCGAUGGAACAUUUUGCAGCUGCUGCUGGAGCUAGGGGCCUGAGUGACAGGGUGCUGAGUGCAGCCUCUUCCCAGAGCUGCUCCAGCACAGCAACGUGUUCCCAUCAGCUGUCAGCUCAGUGUGCUGCUUACAGCAGUUCAGAACAUGUCCGCGCUUGAGGACCAAUCCAAAGCUAAUCAAAUGUAACUGGUCUUUAAAUUGACUUAAAUGAGCUGGAAACCAGAUCUCUAGAGCAAUUACCUCUUAGCUCACUUACCACCCCUGUGCUAAGGUAAACUUGGCUGUGUGAAGCGCAUUUGCCCUGAAGCAGUGAUCUGUCAGCUUCAGAGCUACAGUGCGGCGAGAUGUAUUUACAGUCUUGUAAGGCAGGAGACCCUGGAGAGAUGGAUGAUCAAAUGUACUGCACAGAAACAUUCAGGAAGCCUUAAUAAAACCUUCAGUGGGAGGUAUUUGAGCUUGACAGUAGCCCUCAGAUCAAACUAGUCCUUGUCUAGUGCCAUUUUACAGUAUUUGUUAAGAUUAAAAGGGUUCUGAAACACUCAAUAGGGUUUGGUUUAGGUGCUGUGGGGUCCUGCCCAGAGUCUUCUGACUCCUGUGUCUCCAAGCGGCUCCCAGCACAAGAAGGAGGCAGCUCUGCUCUAAGCCAGCUGCUGCUUUCAUAGAAUCAUAGAAUGGC